AUGUGCCGCCUGCCCACCACCUUCCUCUUUGCGGAAUCCGCUUCCCUCAUCACUGACUUCCCCGUCCAGUCUUCCAGUUCGAGCUCGUCGGGUUCCAAAUGGGAGGAGGAGCAGCCCGCUGCUCCCACCUCUGCUCCCACCGCCGCUCCCGCCUCCGCUCCCGCCUCUGCCCUUUUCAACAUUUCGCGCGGUCUCGCACGCGCCGACCGCUGCUUCCGCUGUACCUUGCGGGACCAGCCUUGCAACCUCGCUAGCUGCAAGUGCACCGCCGCCCUCCCCGUCGUCACACACCCGAAACAACGUUGGCUUCCGCAACCCAAAGAGGAGGAUUGCCGACGACCAAUCAUUUGCCACACGGCUCGAUCGGUCGCAGGCAGCGGCCAUUUGAGGAUGCCGAUAUGUGGGUCUGGCUCAAGCCUGACCAAUCAUUUUUUAGCGGCCUUUGUUCCUAUGGAAAUCCACAUGGCUGACGGUUGCCGGACUCUCCGAAAAAGAGUGCGCUCGCUCAGCUCGACGAGGCGGCAGCCGUGGAUCCGCAGGAGCGGCUGGGGCGCCUCGGGGCUCACGGGGGAUCGUACGGCGGUCUUGGACCAGGACGCCCUGCUCUCGCCUCAGCCAGGCCUCGGCAAGGAGCACCAGGUCCGGUGCUACCACGAGCUCGUCAGCGACGGCGGCCGACCGCCCUAUUCGCUGGAAACGCUUGACGAUGUAUACGAGCACCCCGCAGAGUUUAUCGAGAUGGUGCGGCCGUGGAUGGAGGUCCUGUUCUCCUCUAUAAACCCCGAUAACUUGGGCGUGUUCUCGCGCCGCCAAUACGUUCGAAGGAGUUCCGGAGGUGGCAGCGCGACAAACGUGGGCAGCAGGCGGAAGGCAGAUAAGAUUCUCGAGCCCGCGGAGAGAAAAUAUGCAGACCCCGAGGCCGCGCAGGCACAGGCACGGCACGAGAUGCACGACAAGAAGGUCGAGAUUGACCUCUGGAAUCUCGAUAUUUCGGGAGAAACUGCGCAAGAACGACGAGGCGAGGAGCAGACACGCGCGACGCGUCGGGUAUGGAACAAGGAGUCCCUGAACCGCUGGACCCCGGUUAGCUCGACAACACCUCCGCUGGUCAGCCCCGGCGGUUCCAGUCACCGGCACCAGGGUGUAGCUGGCCCCGCAUGCUUGUGCGCGACGCCCAAAACGGCUAUGGACAGGGAGUGCCCGCAGGGUCCUGCCUGCAGCCUUGCAAGCGCCAUCGCGGUGGUCGAGCUCGCCGCAAACGUCGGCGCACUCUGCCUACAGUACUCCCGCGAUGUCAAAAAAGCCAAAGACGAUAUCGACCGCUUUCGACAGCAAACAGAGGCUUUAAAGACAAUUGCCGAAGGUGCGCAGCGGCUUCUGCAAAGUCCAGAUGGGUCUCGAUUUGAGACCGCGCAAAACCUGCGCAGCGCCCUUGCGAACGCCCGCUCGCAGCUCGAUCCCAUUCACACGAGGUUAGAGGAGAAACUGAAGAAUGGCCGUACGCAUCGUGCUAUGAGACGUAUGGGUCUGCGCGCCUUGGUAUGGCCGUUCGAAAGCAAAGACGUCGAGAAAAUCAUCAGCGACCUCCGGCAAGAGCGGGACGCGAUAUCCGCCGCACUCCAAGUAGAUCAAACCAAGCUCACCGCCGACAUUAACCGCAAAAUCGACAUUUCAAAGCUCCUUGUCGCGAAAGGCGCUGCAUUCGAUGCCCAGGCGAACGAACACGACCCUAACUGCCACCCCGAUACCCGUGUGGACCUUCUCGCCGACAUUCACAAAUGGAUCGAGGAUCCCAACGCAAAAUGCAUUUUCUGGCUGCGUGGCAUGGCCGGCACCGGCAAGUCAACAAUCUCUCGAACGGCGAGGGCGACCGCGGCAGCGCCGCCAUGUUCUUCACCACCAUACUCGCCCAGCUCGUCCACCAGGUGCCGGUCUUGGAAUCACAUGUCCAAAGUGUAA